AUGGACUAUUCAGACAGCUCAUUAACUCCUCAACCUUCACCAUCUCCUGGAACAACACCACCACAAAUAUACGUAAUCAUCCGCUUCUCCGCCUCCAUCCCCGACGUCCAAUUGGGAAUCACCUGCCCGUCAACGACGACAGCCGCCGGUCUCAAACAGCUAAUCCGCGCGCACUUGCCAUCAGACCUCUCGAAUCGAAGGAUUCGACUCAUAUACUCUGGCCGAGGUCUCGAAGAUGCCGUCCCGUUAAUAAAGUCAUUGAAACUGCCGCCGUCGUCGCGGACAAGUACCCCGUUAUCUACAAAUGCCGAACUCCCAGCCGUCGGCAAGAUCUCAUCCAAAGAAAAAGGGAAAGCAGUGAUGCGAGAUGCAAUCCUCAGUGAUAUACCUCGUGUCUACGUGCAUUGUUCCAUUGGCGAUAUUGUCCUAUCUGCGUCAGACCUCAAUGCAGAGGCGGGGAUGGCAUCCACCAUUCUUCUUCUUCAACAACAGCAAGAAAAGCAGCAAGAUCCUGCUUCUUCAAUGAGGACAGCAGUAACAGUGGGAGAACAACGACGUCAAGAACAGGAUGAAGAGUCGAUAACAACACCUGCUCCAAGGGGGUUUGAUCGCUUAUUAUCGGCAGGCUUUACACCGGGUGAAGUCUCCGCUCUAAGAUCACAGUUUAUGGCGCUCCAAUCUGUAUCGCAUACACCUGAUACAAUGCCCUCUGGCGCAGAGCUGCGAGAAUUGGAAGAUCGAUGGAUGGAUGAAGGCUCGGCCGCGGAUGGAGCUGGUACGGGGUUGACGCUUGGUGGUAGUGGCGGCGGCGGCGGAGGUGAUGAUGGCGGUGGGUUUGGUUCUUCGUCGCACAGCGCGCUUGAUGAUAUGCUCUGGGGAGCUGUCAUGGGGUUCUUUUGGCCUUUAGGAUGUGCAAUGUGGCUGAGGCGCGAGGAAGGGGUAUGGAGUUGGAGGAAGAGUUUAGCUGUGUUUGUAGGGGUGGUGGUCAAUGUUGCUUUUGGAACUGUGAGAGUAAUGAAUUGA